GAUGGCGUCUAUGUCAAAUUGACGUUUACUUUCCUGGGUCCCUAUUGGACAACCCAUUAUUUAUUAGGGAUUUUUUGGAUGUAGAGAUUUGUAGAUAAAUGUAUGAUGUAGAUCAAGCGAAGAAAGCAUAUUUCACUUGGCAACACUGUUGUGUUAUGCGUGACACUUCUGAUCUUUUGGAUGACAAGAGAGGUUAAGUUCAGUUUGUUUUUUUUGUUUUCAAAUUUCGAUGAUUUGAUUGAAUUCCAAACUUAUCCCUCAAAUGGGAAAAGAUAAUUUGUAUGCAUCUUGCUUGUGUACAUAGGUAGAGAAGUACAACGUGAGAAGUCACAUGUUCCCAACAAAUUAUAAAUAGCAACAAGAAGCACUUCCGAGUCAUAAGCACAAAAAAGAAGUAAAAUGCGUAAGAGGUACGAUUUUGAGCGACGCGAAUCUGGAGAGGAUUUAUCGCUGGCCAGCAAUUUUCCAACAGAGAAGAGCAGAAAUAGUGUGCACAGCAUACCAAUCUAUGUUGGUGUAUUGUUAAGCUUAUAUCUUCUUUUGCUUUAUGUGCUAGUUAUUUACCUCAAUGGAAUACUUCCUGCUGCCUUGAGUAUACAUGAUGAGACUGAGAAACCAUCUGCAUUCAUAUCGUCGAGAGCUAUUCAUGAUUUACAAUUACUUACAAAAAUGGGUCCUAGAAUUACAGGGGGCUAUGAAAAUGAAGUGCUGGCUGUUGAUUAUAUAACCAGAGAGAUAAACUUUAUUAUUCAACAGGCGCAUCAGAAUCAGAAGAUAGAAUUAGAUGUCCAAGUGGUGAGCGGCGCUUACACUCUGGACUUGUUGCAUGUGGACCAGAUUAACGCAUACUCCAACGUACAAAACAUUGUCGUGAAGGUGCAUGGAUCGAAUGACUCUGAGAACAGCCUCCUAGUCAAUGCGCAUUUUGACUCUGUGCCUACCAGUCCAGGUGGGAGUGACGAUGGUAUAAACGUAGUUGCAAUGUUGGAGGUGCUACGCAAACUGUCUAAAACUGCUGAAAGGCCAUUGCACAACGUCAUACUGCUAUUUAAUGGAGCUGAAGAGACGCCCUUGCAGGCUUCUCAUGGCUUUAUCUCCAAACACAAGUGGGCGAAAGGCUGCAAGGUGGUGCUAAACCUGGAGGCAUGUGGUGCAGGUGGCAAAAUGAUCCUCUUCCAGACAGGUCCGCAAACUCCCUGGUUGAUGCGCUACUACGCAACAGUGCCCCAUCCAUACGGUCAAGCUGCUGGAGAAGAGAUCUUUCAGACUGGAUGGAUACCGUCAGACACCGACUUUAGGGUCUUCAGAGAUUUCGGAGGGCUUGUUGGCAUGGAUUUCGCGUUUUACGUCAACGGUUACCGGUACCACACGAAGUACGACGAUUUCGAGAAUAUCCCUCCGGGGUCGUAUCAGCACGUCGGCGAUAACCUGUUGCAUCUAGUGAAAAGCUUAUCCCGGGCCCCUGAAUUGACCUAUGAGGUUCCUGCGCUGGGCAAGGUGGUAUUCUUCGAUUUUCUGGGACUUUUCAUGGUUUACUACACAACCUCCAUAGCUACAAUAAUUAAUUUAGCGGCCGUGCUGACAUCCAUAGCAGUAGCAGCCUACGGAAUUACUAAACUAGGUUUUACGAAGACUUCUUCAAAAUAUGUAGCAACCACAUUUUUGGCAUUGAUGGGCGGUUGGAUCUUGGCCACUAUAGUCGUCUUCCUGACAGCCCUACUUCUGGAUAAAUCUGGAAGGGCUAUGACCUGGUACGCUAAUCCAUGGCUAAUAUUCGGUCUUUAUGUGGUGCCAUCUGUUCCUGCACUAGCUCUACCACUUUUGUUCACAGACUAUAAGAGUAUGUCACUGAGCGUGCGCUGCCAAAUUCAAGCCCACAUGAUCCGAAUGAUAUGGACCGUGGUCCUACUGAUCGGCACUUGUCUGAACAUCCGUUCUAUGUAUGCCAUAUUUGUACCAGUCUUAUUUAACUCACUCGGAUUCGUCAUCAUCUACGUCUUUAGGCUGCAGUACUCAGUGCGAAAAUGGCAAUGGAUAUAUUUGGCAAGCCUGUUGAUACCAACGUUGACGUUGAUGUACCAGACACUCAUCACUUUCCUCAUGUUUGUACCAUUGAUGGGCAGGAUUGGAUCAAACAGAAACCCUGAAAUAAUCAUUGGCGUAAUGACACUGCUUUUCACACUUUUGAUUCUCUCUCCUUAUGUGGCUUUGUCUAAUUUGCUACGGAAUCUGAAACACUUCCUGAUUGGUAUAGUGGGCGUAUAUCUUUUUUUUAUAGCAAUCGCCUACACGCCAUUAGGCUUUAUGUACAACGGCGGUUUAAAAAAUCCGGCACCACAGCGCUACUGGAUUAUGCAUACGACUCGCAGCUUUUACAACGUCUCUGGGAAUCUCGACAAAACCGACUCGGGUUUUUUCUUACUGAACAUGGACAGAAACUCACCAAAAGCAGUAGCACCAUACGUAGACGAAAUCUCAAAAGCAAAACCCUUAGAAGAUGAUUGCCAGAAAUAUAUUCUCUGUGGGCUUCCUCUAUCCCACGCCAAAAUGGUACAAAUCAUGGAAUACAGUACUUGGAUUCCGGCUGGUCAGCCCGUGAUACAUGAACCGUUACAUUUCAAACUUGAUUCCAAAUAUGAAAUUGAGCCUGGUACUAUUAGAUACACCAUCACAAUCUCAGGUCCGGACCGCUUGGGCAUCUACCUGGUACCCUUUAAGAAUGUAAUGAUGACCAACAUGACAUUGAUGGAUACUUCGGUGACCACGAUGGCCGGUUAUCCAUAUAGCCAGAAUCGUCGGCUUUACUUUGUUCUCUUCACCUACGGUAAAGACUACGCCCCUCUAAGGAUCACUUUCGACCUGACAGGGGCUGAAUUGGAUAGUCCGUCUGCAGACGUCGUUGUUACGGCCAAGUAUGUGCACGAUAAGAAAAUCGUAAAGACCCCGCAGUAUGAAAAGUUCCUGAGCAGGUUCCCCGAUUGGGCAGAUCUCACUGCUUGGCUGGGCGCCUAUUCGGCGUACGUUAUUUAGGCUGACAAAGGACAAGGAUGUUGCAAGCUUCAAUCCAUCAUCACAGCAUUUUGAUGUCUAUUUAUCUGAUAGAUGGUACUGCAUUUUCUUGCCAAAGAUAUUAUUUAUUAGAUUCUAAGCAUAUUUUGAUGUUUUUUCAAAAUACAUUGGCUUAUAAUAUAGAAUGUGUAUGUGAUAAGCUAUGUAUGUACUUAUGAUGGAACGUUUAUCUUAAUAAAAUGAUGUAUUUUUUAAAAUA